CCUAGACGUCCCUGGAACAAAGCUAUCAACUCUCUUCGCGAUCAAAUCCCGGACCGAAUUGGCAUUUUUGAACUCGGCGGCCAGCUAGUAUUGUGUCGGACGCGUCGUCGUCAUCGCCAAGAGCCGUAUGUAUCAACCAACCAUUUAUGCAAACGACGACCAUGCCAUAAUGACGGGACUCAGAGCGAGAUCGUCUUGUUCAAUGCAUGCAGUCUCACAGUUCCAAGUUGUGAAAUCAGCAGGGAGCAACGGCUGAGCCAGCGUCAUGUCGGUCUCGGGGAUCAAACGGCCUCACGCCGCCUCGCCGACGCCUUCGAGCGUCAGCUUUACCAGCAAAAAGAGACGAUACGAUGGUCCCCCUCCUGCUGCUGUGAAUACCUUGGCCAAGCAUCUGGCAGGUCAGGUCAACCAGGUUGUUGAAUGGUUAAAGGCGAGACCAGGGCCCCAUCGGCUAGAGACCAUCUCGAACUCUUUCCAGGACACUUAUGCCGAUGGGAUCCGUCUGAUAUUCAACCCGGAGAUGAUCCGGUUGUUGCAGACGUAUACGGGGGUGAGCUGGAACGCUCAGUUGGAACUGCUCGAAUACAAGAAUGCCAAUGCCAUGAAGACACCUGACGAACUCUUCAGACACAUCCAAAACUACUCUGCUCGACCCGGUGGCAUCCCCAUCAACUUUAUCAAACAAAACUAUACCGGCUCCAUCCUCUACUCCGACCUGCUCAAGACGUGGGAAGACGAAGGGAAAGUCCUGAUCAUGCGUUUCUCACAAAAGGCUACUAUUCCCGAACCGGGGGCCAAGCCGAAAAAGGUCGUACAGGCAAAAGGAGAGGAUGGGAGCAAGACGAUCAUGGAGACGGGGGUUAAUACUUGGAAGGCGGUCAUGUACGAUCAGGGGAGGGCGGAUGGGUUGGCACCGAAAGGUCAGGUGGACGAAUCUUUCCGGACAAUGUGGGCUUCCAUAGAAACCCCAGAAUCCGCAGACUUGGAGAAACUUUUGACCGAGCUCGGGCACAAAGUAACACCUGCCGAAGCGGCCAAAAAGACGGCGAACCGUGCGAUCAAGAAGGACGGACGGAAGAAGAGUAGAAAGCAGGACGUUCAGAAGUUGACAAACGUGCAUAUGAUGGCUUUGGGAGUUGACCUCUCACAAGACUACGUACCCGAGUGAAAUUUGAGCGCGAACGUAUCAGACCCGGUUGUAUACAUCAUCUCAUUAGCAGUCAGUGGCCUCUUCCGGCGACUAUCCAACCACGAACUAGACUAGAGAUCUCUCGCGUCUCGAAACAUGCAACAAUCAUCAGUAGAUUCCAUUCGAAUCAUAAUAUGCGGACGGAGGAAGUCAGAUCCGCCUGGCUUCGACCAGUUUCGCGAAUUCCUGAGACCGAUUUUAUUUGUUCCUUAUUUAAAUCGCCCGGGCUCGAAGUCCUGGUGGUCAUGACCCAUUCCAAUUUGUGGUGAACGUCGAUUCAUAAGAGCAUUCUGUUCCGG